AUUUGUGUGCUUUCUGAGUCAGCAUUAGCUAAAUUUUCCAGAAGUCCAUCCACAAAGUACAGCCUGGCCGUUCAAGGGACGUCACUCAUUUCCCCUAGUGACCUUCACAAGUCAGAAGCUUGAAAGCAGGGAAAUCCGGAUGUCUCAGUUGUGAAGUGGAGCAGUGUGAGCCUCAACAUAUUUCCAGAACUCUCCAUCCAAAUCAGAGAUAGAGCAUCUGCCUCCCAUACUGCCAGUGGCCAUUUGGGGCACCUCUCUGGCUCUAAGAGGUUGGCACAAUGGCCAAGGGCCUCAGCCUGGUGUUGCUUCUUGCUUCCAUCUGGACCACAAGGCUCCUGGUCCAAGGCUCUCUCCGUGUAGAAGAGAUUUCCAUCUUGUCACCAUGCAGAAUUGUAGGGAUCGCCCUUGUGAACAAAAAGGGAAACCAGCCACUGAAUUUCGCAGAAGCCAAGGAGGCCUGUAGGCUGCUGGGGCUAACUUUGGCCAGCAAAAACCAAGUUGAAGCAGCACGGAAUGCUGGCUUUGAGACCUGCAGUUAUGGAUGGGUAGAAGAUAGAUUCUCGGUCAUCCCUCGGAUUCAUGCAAACCCCAAGUGCGGGAAGAAUGGGGUGGGUGUUCUAAUUUGGAGAGCUACAGUCAGCCAAAAGUUCGGGGCCUAUUGUCACAACUCAUCUGAUACACGGAUUGACUCUUGCUCUCCAGAAAGCAUCACCACCAAAGAUCCCAUAUUCAACACUCAGACUGACACAUACGUGACAGAAUUUUCCGCCAGUGACAGUACAAACUCGGCAUCAUCCCCUCUCUCCACGACGCCUGCCCUGGCUACUACUACUCAUGCUCCAGCUUUUACUUCUAUUUCACGGAGAAAAAAAUUGAUUUGCAUCACAGAAGUUUAUACAGAAACUAGCACCGUGUCUAUGGAAACUGAAUUAUCAAUUGCAAAUAAAGCAUCAUUCAAGAAUGAAGCUGCUGGGUUUGGAGGUGUCCCCACAACUCUGCUGGUGCUGGCUCUCCUCUUCUUUGGCGCGGCAGCUGGUCUUGCAUUUUGCUAUGUCAAAAGGUAUGGGAAGGCCUUCCCUUUUACAAACAAGAAUCAGCAGAAGGAAAUGAUUGAAACCAAAGUAGUAAAGGAGGAGAAGGCUGAUGAUAGCAACCCAAAUGAGGAAUCCAAGAAAAAUGAGAAAAACCCAGAGGAGCCCAAGAGUCCACUCAAAACUACGGUGCGAUGCCUGGAAGCUGAAGUUUAGAUGAGAAGGAAGUAAGAAGACACUCCUGAGGCUGGUUUCUUUCAUGAUAUGUAUCCUGGCCCCAACUGGGAAAACUAAAAUGGCUAAAGAACCAAAGAAGAAAGUGUAGCCUUGGUUCCUGACUGGAAUAAGUAUGGGGCUGCAAAGAGAACUCCCUUCUCCUUAAAGCAAUCCUUUCUGGAUCCUGUCCUGCUACCUCCAAAGCUUCCCACAGCCUUUCUAGCCUGGCUAUGUCCUAAUAAUAUCCCAGUGGGAGAAAAGAGCUUUGCAAAACACAAGGACCUAAAACAGCUAAUCAGUACUUGAUUGUAAAAAGGCCUCUAGGCAGUCCAGGACCAGGUGAGGUGAGAGGCAAGGAGUCACUGAGACCAAGCCUUCCCUUUCUUCAGCUCUGAAAGAGAAACACACCACUUGGCAUGAGCAAAAGAAGGGCAGAAACAUUCAGCACCUGAAACCAUGGGGAUUCCUAUAACUUGAGACAUACUCUCUGUAAAGCCAAAAUAAACAGAGGAAUAGAAUGAGGCCAAGGAUGCUAAUAGCAUGUUGUCAGCAGGGACUAUAAACAUAGACAGGGUCAAAGUACUCUUCUCUGAAUAAAUUGAGUUGGAAUCACUUUUUAGAACAUCUACACACUUUCUUUCCUCUGUCUCUAAUGCUGCUACUGUUUCCUUUAGAAAAUAUCCUUUUACAAGAAACAAAACUGAAUUCUCUUAUGAAUUUCUAUUUUUAUCUGAUUUACAGAAGUUACUACUGAGGAAAAUUACUGUGUUAAAAAGUAAUAAAAUUCAAGACAUUUGCUAAAUGUCUACUAUAGGUCAGGUGCUCUGCAAAGCAUUAUAUUUUAUAAUUGAAUAUUACUCAUCAAAAAAUUGCAUAUAGUAGAAUGCUAUCUGAGCUAAGCUUUUUCCAGUUUUGAUAUCCCUAGCUUCUCUACUUUCAAACUAAUGUUUUUUUGUUUUUGUUUUGGCUUAGACUAAUAUUUUCUCUAUCGUGGCAUCUAUUAUAACCUUAAUUUAUUAUUAACAUACCUAAGAAGUACAUUAUUACUUCUACACACCAAAGCACAUUUUUUAAAUGACAUUAACAACUACGUCACUAGCUCUUCUUUUCCAGCAAGAAGAGCAGGAGAGGUGCGGAAAUAUGUGUGCCAUGAAAGAAAAA